GGCGCCUCAUUCCAAAAUCUCGUCGCAUGGGAGCAAUUCAAGGAUCAUGCAUCAUGCCCUCCUCUUCACCGACACAGAUUUUCCACUUGCCACCAGUCCAGACAUGAACCGGAAGGGAGGGAGUACGAGGAAGGUUCACAGUCGCCGCACCCUGUAUUCCCAAACUUUCCGUUCCAGCGCGCACGGGGGCCAAGCAGGCGGCACGCACAGAGGGUGUUUGAUGAAAUGCCUCACCGAGCGAGCGGCUUUGUGGGGGUUGCGUUCAACUUGCGCCGCUUCAGUCGGCGUCAGGGUAGCGACAGCAGGACGGACGGAGCAAACCGAUUUCUCACCAAGAAAUACCUCAUCAAUGGAGAGAGCAAGCAAGUGGAGGUCUGUGCUCCCAUCUUCCUUUGUUUUACUACUCCCCUUCCUCAUCAACCUUGUAUGCCCCGGCUGGAAAUUCACGGAUGCAGGAGACACGCUCCUUCCUGGGCAAUCUGUAAAUGCUAGCCAGAUCCUGCUCUCAAACAAUGGUGUCUUCAAGUUGGGUUUCAACCCCAAUUUGCAAUAUUAUUAUCCCCGGUAUUGUGAUUUUGGCACCUGGUUCACUAACUCAUCGUCCCACGAUGAUUAUUCGCUGGUUUGGCAACCUGAUCUGGAAGCGACUUUUGAUUGCAAUUCAUCAUCAGCUACCUUAUCAGAGAACGGCACGCUACAUAUAACCGACAGCUUUGGUUCUGUCCUUUUGAACUUAGAUUACAGGACGACCACUUCUAUCUCUGCCAUUGCAGUGCUUCUUGAUAAUGGGAAUCUUGUAUUAAGAGACCAAGCAAACAGUUCGCAGGUGCUUUGGCAGAGUUUUGACGGCCCAACUGGUAUACUGCUCCCUGGAAUGCGCCUAGGGUCCAAUUCAAUCAUCGGCAAGAGCCAAGAGCAUGAUCCUUUUUUCUUCUCUGUAUGAUACUCAUAUGACAAAUUUUACUCUGACAGUGGAUGCAACAAGAAUGCGAGGUUUUAUUAUUCAGCAUAAUCCUUUUGGUUUAGUGUUUGCUGGUACUUUUCCUAGCUGGAUAGUUCGUGAAGAUGGAGACUUUGUUCUGACACUAAAUGACGCACAUACAUACAUGCGUUUAAAUGGCUCUGGAUUUGUUGAAUUUGCUAAGCAAGAGGCACGCAGUUCUGUUUUGUGGUCUGCUCCAGAAAGUUUCUGCGACUUUUGAGUCGUACUGUGGACCUUAUGGAAUCUGCAAAAGGUCAGGCCUCUGCAUAUGCCCUGCCGGUUUUGAUCCAUUAAGCACAACAUCAAGGAGUUCUCUUGGCUGUUCGAGGGAGGUUCCUAUGAAUUGUGAAGGAGACAAUUCAACUCAUCGAAAAGGGGUGUUUAACCCAAUAGAUGGCGUCUACAAGUUACCCAAGAAUUCUUGGCCCUCUAUUGCCAGAAAUCUGAAAGAGUGUGAAGCCUCCUGCUUAAAGGACUGUACCUGUACUGCCUUUGCUUACAAUGUGACAUGCCUGUUAUGGUUUUGGGAGUUACGGAACACGGUAGUGCUUGACUCUGGUUCAAAUGGCAAUCGUUUGUACAUACGUGUUGCCACCAAACAACAAGAUGGACAUUUGGGUUUCAGAGCUGCUCCUCUCUUUCUAACGGCAAUGGCCACGUUAACCAUCAUUGUUUUGGUCAUUGGUCUGACUGUUUUGUGGAGAUGCAGAACAAAGUUAUUCAGAGCAAGAACUGUGUAUGAAAACGGAAGCCUUGUGGUCUUCUCAUUUGCACAAAUAAAGAACUCAACAAAAAAAUUCUCUGAAAAACUCGGAGAAGGUGGUUUCGGCUGUGUUUUCAAGGGGACAUUGCCAGGUUCUGCUGUAGUGGCCGUCAAAAGGCUAAAAUGCCUUAGGCAAGGUGAGAAGCAGUUUCGAGCAGAGGUGCAGACCAUUGGGAUGAUUCAACACAACAAUCUUGUCCGUCUACUUGGAUUCUGUGCUGAUAGCAGUAGCAGGUUAUUGGUGUAUGAGUACAUGGAAAAAGGUUCUUUAAACUCACAUCUCUUCUGCAAGGAUUCUGCAAAACUGAGCUGGAAACUGCGGUACCAUAUAGCACUUGGAACAGCAAGAGGCCUGGCUUAUCUGCACGAGGAGUGCAAGGAUUGCAUUAUACACUGCGACAUGAAGCCGGACAAUGUACUUCUUGAUGCACAGUUCUGUCCCAAGAUUGCCGACUUUGGUAUGGCGAAGCUUCUUGGUCGAGAUUUCAGUAGGGCCCUGACAACAAUGAGAGGGACCAUCGGAUACCUUGCACCGGAGUGGAUCUCAGGGCUGCCGAUCACACACAAGGCUGACAUCUACAGCUAUGGAAUGAUGCUUUUUGAAAUCAUAUCAGGGCGAAGAAAUGCGGAGAAAAUUAAAGAAGGGAACUUUACUUACUUUCCCAUCUUUGCUGCAGUCAAGCUGCAUGAAGGGGAUGUUAUGUGCCUGUUGGAUAGAAGGUUGGAAGGCGAUGCGGAUGUGGAGCAGCUGAGCAGAGCUUGCAGAAUUGCAUGUUGGUGCAUUCAAGAUGCUGAAGAUCAUAGGCCAAUGAUGGGGCAAGUUGUUCAGAUGCUAGAAGGUGUUCUGGAUGUCGAAUUACCUCCCAUUCCAAGGUCACUGCAGAAUUUUGUGGGUAUGGAGGAUUGAUUGCAGUGGCUCUACAGGCCUGUACUGUCUCUGAAAGACUAAAAAAGCUAUUUCUAUCUGUCCAAAUCUAUGUCAAGAAUUAAGUUUUCAGAGUUAUGUGUAUUUUAUAUUCUCUAAACUACGCUUAUGCCCUAUUCUGCCAAGGUUGUGAACUGCAAUUUGCUAUCAUUAUAGACUUGUCAUCACUUGUU